AUGGCCUGCAGGGACAGAAGCCCGGAGAGCAUAUCAUACCUUGUUAUGGGGAAACCGGUGCAGAAAUCGACCCGUCUCGACCUGCUGCACUUGCAGCACCACGUCCCGGUUUCCUCCUCCAGACGUCGCAGCCACAAUGUCUUUGUAGAACGGGAAUGGGAUAAACGCGAUCAGCAGGAGAAGAUACACCACCGCACAGACGGCGCCCAUCGUCUCCGGUCUGCAGCAAGAUUAGCCUUGUUUCACACAAGCUCUCGCAUGAUCAUACAGCUCCGGCCUCCUCGGCUUGGCCAUGUCCUUCCCCUUCAACCCCACCCUGAUGAACGUCGGUCCCAGCCAUCGGAUCAGACUGUAGGUCGCCGCAAACGCGACUCCGCUGAAGGCAAUCGAGACGACGAGAGGCUCAACCUCCCCGUUCAAGGAGUUGGCGACGAUGCCGAACGAGGCGGCGACCAGCCCCAGGAGACACCAGGUCUCCGUGCGAGACAGCGUGGCAGGGGGACUCAUGUCGACCAGGACGUCGCCGCAUACCUUUCCGGCCGCGGUGCGUUCAGCUGUAGAAAGCUGCAGAGUCGAGGUGGCAUGGGGAAGGGCAAUCUGGCCUCAUCUGCGCGACGAAUGAUAUUGCCGUCCGAAACACACCGCUCUCCGGGCGGUGGCCAGCGCAGGGCCGCGUGGCCAAUGAGACGCCCCGCAAUUCCCAGGCUCGCGGGACAGCUGCAGCGGCGCUUUUCCCGAUGCGGCGCUGCGCGGUUCGGGUUCCCGGCCUCGGCGCGGCCGUUCACAUGCAGCUUCAUCUCACCCGUUGACAUGGGCCCCGGGUUCGCUGAGUUCGACGCCGGCCACCGCGAUCUGGUCACUGUCACCAGGUUCAAUUUCUACGGCGACCGCAUUGUGACGGCCUCUUCGGACCAUCGCCUGAAGGUCUGGGAUCAGAAGGAUGGCAAGUGGCAGUUGACGGAUACGUGGCGCGCGCACGAUGCUGAGAUUCGCGAUGCGGCGUGGAAUGGCCCCUUUACGGGCCAGCACAUUGGCAGUGUCGGGGAAGACAUGAAAUUCAAACUCUGGCAAGAAGACGUCACGCAACCGCCCAAUUCGGGCCGCCGCUUCAGGGCCAUCUUCCGCCUGGCGGCCCCCCAACGCGUCCCUUUUGUGUCGCUGGACUUUCGCAAUGUCGACCUGGACACCUGGCUGGCCGUGAUCACGCGCGACGGCUACCUCAUGGUGAUGGAACCCGUCAGCGCCGACAAUCUGACCGACUGGCAGGCCUUGGACCAAUUCCGGGUCUGCCCGGCUCCGGAGCGAGGCGAAGAGACCAGCUUUCGCGUGCAGUUCCACCAUGAUCCCGUCGACAUCACCCACUCGUUGAUGCCGGAAUGGGACCGCAAGAGCUUGUCGCUCGUCGUCGCGGCCAUGGACACGGUCAAGGUGUAUCGCACCGAUGCGAGCCGUCGUUUCUACCACGCCAUUGAAUUGACCGGGCACGGAGGCCUGGUGCGCGACAUCUCCUGGGCCAAUGGCUCGGUCCGGGGGUUCGAUGUCAUCGCCAGCGGUUGCAAGGACGGGUUUGUCCGGAUCUUUGAGGUGUACACCACCGUCUCCGGUAAUACGGGCAACAACAAUCAACAGGGCAACAACCGCCAUGCGCAGAACUCAGCGGAGUCUCCAUCCAGCCGGGCCACCGCGCAGUCGGGAAUCGGCUCUGCUCUUGCCAGUCGUGCUCCUGCAUCAGGAUCGCAUCGACAAGCUGGUGGUGAUACGAAAUUCAAGCACUCGUUCCGGGAGGUGGCCUGCAUCGACAGCGGGCACCUGGACGUGUGGGAAGUGGAAUUCUCGCCUUCUGGAGACGACGGGGUGGUUCGCUUCUGGAAGAAGUCGAUAUCGGGCGAAUGGCUCGAGUUUGCGGAGACGGAUCUGACUGACGGAUUUCCCGAAUAUCCUGUACUUGCGGAACGGCAUUUGAGAUGA